AGUCGUUGCGCGUGCCUGUACUACUCUAUUCCGUGGCUACGCUGAUUUUAGCUAGCGUUUGGAAAUGGCCACACUCAAGCAAAACGAAGCAAAAGAUUCUUCCUUGCAGGAAAAUUCACCAGGCGGGGGAAUUGGACUUGAAAUCUUGCAAAUCAUAAAAGAGUCCCAGCAGCUGCAUGGUCUCAGACAUGGAGACUACCAAAGAUACAGGGGCUACUGUUCUCGUAGACUGCGUCGUCUACGCAAGACUCUUGGAUUCAAGAUGGGCAACCGGCACAAGUUCGUUGGAAAGAAAAUAACUGCUGAAAUGCUUUCAGACAACAGGUACUUGCUACUGGUUUUGAUGGAAGCGGAGCGUGCAUGGAGUUAUGCCAUGCAAUUGAAGCAGGAGGCCAACACGGAGCCACGUAAGCGUUUCCACCUGCUGGCCCGGCUCCGUAAAGCCGCCAAGCACAGUGAAAAGCUGGAGAAGCUGUGUGAGAGCCCAUCGGUUGAUGCCAAGACUAAACUGGAAGCACAGGCCUACACCGCAUACCUGACUGGGAUGGUAGAGUUUGAACUGCAGGAGUGGAAGCGUGCCAUGGAGGCCUUCAACAAGUGCAAGACCAUCUAUGAGAAGCUGGCGAGUGCAUUCACUGAGGAACUGGAAGUGCUGUAUCGCCAGCGUGUGGAUGAGAUAUCGCCUAACAUUCGAUACUGUGCUUACAAUAUAGGUGACCAGAAUGCCAUCAAUGACUUGAUGCAGAUGAGACUUACAGGAGGAGGUGGAGGCAUGAUGGCGGAGAAGCUAGAAAGCCUCAUCACUCAGGCAAGAACCAAGCAGGCAGCUACCAUGAGUGAAGUGGAGUGGCGUGGAAGGAGUGUGCCUGUUAAGAUUGACAAGGCCCGCAUCUUUCUGUUGGGUCUCGCUGACAAUGAGGCUGCCAUUGCUCAGGCAGCUAAUGAAGAUACCAAAGAGCAUUUGUAUGAGACUCUGCUGGCCGAGUGCCGCGACACCAUCCAAGCGGUGCGAGAAGAGCUCAAGACCGAGGGGAAGCAGCGAGAGAGGGGCUCUGAUGCAGAGAAUUGCAAAGUGUCCAACAUGCAGUUCCUGCACAGCUACCUGAGUUACAUCAAGCUUUGCACGUUGGUGAAGAGGAACGAGAGCAUGGCGCACACGCUGCAGGCCAAGUUGAAGGAGCCUGAAGGGGAUGAGAACCGGAGGGGGCCCCGACCACAGGACCUCAUCCGCCUAUAUGACAUCAUUCUGCAGAGUUUGGCUGAACUCUCUUCCCUGCAAGGCCUGGAGGACGACCACACCUUCCAGAAAGAGGUGUCCCUUAAAACACUGGCUUACAAAGCCUACAGGUGUUUUUAUAUUGCCCAGUCUUAUGUUCUGGUGAAAAAGUGGAGUGAGGCUCUCGUGCUCUAUGAGAGGGUGCUCAAGUAUGCCAAAGAGGUGCAGUCUAAGGCCAAGAGCAUGAACAAUAGCCUUAAGGAUCUCCCCGAUGUUCAGGAGCUCAUUGCAAAAGUCAAUGCAGAAAAAUAUUCCCUUCAAGCAGCCGCCAUUUUAGACACUGGUGAGACCGUUGACGUUGCCACUCCACAGCCUGUCAAAGACAACAGGCCUCUGUGCGACCGCUUGGAAACAUUCCGCCUUGACCCGUCCCUUGUGGGGAAGCAUCCCAAUCUGGUCCACUUCCCGCCCGACUUUCAGCCCAUCCCAUGCAAGCCUCUGUUCUUUGAUCUGGCUCUCAACCACGUGGCCUUCCCGGCCCUGGAUGACAAGGUGGAGCAGAAAGUGAAGGGCGGUCUGACCGGCUACAUCAAGGGCAUCUUUGGAUUCGGCAGCUAAAACACCAAGCAGAAAGGAGGUGUCACUUGUUAGAAUCAUCUUUCGUUGAAUGGUUACUUACAGUGCCUCUGUGCGAGACAAGCUGAUGAGUUUUGGAGAAAGGAAUGCCCUAUAGCCUUUAUAGAUAAUCAUGUCCCCAGUGAGUUAUUUUCUUAUAGUACACUUCAUGAAGUACCCCUUGUCAUUUUUCCAACAUUUGACAUGCUAGUGCAGCUCCAAAAAAUAGAAUAUUGUGGAAAAAGUUCUAUCCCCCCAUUCAUUCCAGAAGAGAAAAACUUUUCAAUUAUAUGGUAUAACAUUGUUUGAACUAUUUCAAGCUGUUUUUUUUUCUUUUUAAUAAAGAUAAUAUGGCUUACAGCUCAUGGAAACACCAAAUUUAGUGUCUCGAAACGCACACCCUAAUCUGCUAAAUAUCUCAAAAAACCUGCAAGAUUCCUGUAGCCUUUGAGCUGUUUCUCAGACAGUCAUAAGUUUACGUAAUCAUAGACAAGGCUUCUGACUUGACAGAUUUUGAGAAGACUGUAAUCAACGCCCAUCAUAUGAAGGGUAAUCACAAAAGAAGUGUGUCUUCAAAGUACUGUAAGCACAUUAACAGUUAAUUGAGUGUAAGGAAAAUGUGUGGUCCGGAGAGGUUCACAGGCAAAUUAGUUUGUAUUUUCUUUGAAAAUCAGGGCCCUAAUGUCUGGAUGAUGACUAAGGCUUGUGAUAUUUCACCUCUUGGUGUAACGAAUCUAUAUAAAAUAACAAUUGACCAAAAAAAAUGAACUUAUUCCAUUGUAUUCUACAUUUUUGAGACGUAACUGGCAUGAACGGUUCAGGCUGUUGCAUAACAGCCCGCUAGUUUAGGUGACCAGUGUGCUACAGUUACAAAGCACAAGGUGACAGUUGUUUCUCAGUACAUAGUUGGUGCUCAAUUCAAAUACAACUACACCUCCUUUUUGAAUUGAAACAAGUUUACAGAGUGGGGAAGAAAAAAAAAAAAACUUAAUCCUAGUUAAUUUACAUUGUGACAAUUUUUAGAUUGAUUUGCCAAUCUUACUAUGUGGGGAAAAAGAUAAUGGUCUAAUUGUUUCAAAUUGCUUCAGUGUUUCCAAAUGGCUUACUUUUUACAUUUAUGCAAAAGUGAGUAAACCCCUCACAUUUUGGAAGUAUUUUAAUGUAUUUUUGUUUUCAUGGCAAUGCAGAAGAUAUUUACCUCUGCUACAGUGCACAAAUAUAGUCAGUGUGCAUCAUGUAUCCCAGUGUAAAUUUAAUGUCCACUCAAAGUACCUCAGCAACCAAUCAUUGUCAAAACAACUGGUAGCUAGUAGUAGAUGAGUGAAGGUGUUGAAGGACUUAUAUUAAGGGCCUUGUUUUGACUCUGAAAGUAGAAAUACUUCUACGGUACUUCACAAGAUGUCCUCUAUAUUACACAGUAGCAUGUGACAUUUCAUCAGUAGCAUCCCAGGAAAAGAUUGAAAACAAAUUACAAAAUUCUGACAAGUCACAUUUUGUUUUUAAAUACAUAAUCUACCUGAUGACCAUGUUGGAUAGUCUUAAAUGUUUUAUAAUCACAAUUUCAACACCAUUAAGAACAUCUUCAAUGUCUGUGGAAAUACUGUGCAAAAGCAAGCGCAAACUUGUAAUUUUGACCUUUUUCACUGCACUUAUUUUGACACAUAGUUGUGAUUUUUGCAUAGUCCAAUCAGUCACCUAUGUGAUGUUUGGCUUCCUGACAGUUUUUCCAACAUCAUUUUGACAGUAAAAGCUAAAGAUAAGGAGAAUUGUUGGGGGGAAAACUAAAGCUAAUAAACAUAAGGACAAACAAAAAUGUUACGCUUGUAUGAAUCCUUGUUAUUGUAGAUUACUACAGCAACAAAUAUGAAUAAUGGCAAGUUGCAUUUACUUUGCUUGAAGACGGGGUAAUUUUAUCUACCGGCUGAUCUAAUGUUUCCCGAAAAGUUCGCAAAGUACUGCGUUUACGCCGUCAGAGUUUUUCUGUUUUAUCAGUGCUGAACAGUUCUAUUUACAAUACAGGGGAUUCUUGUUUCUUCCUAUACUUGUGAAUUCCUAGUUGUAAUUUAACCACGAUUAAAGUACUGUAUUUUUUGGACUAUAAGUCACACCUGGGUAUAAGUUGCACCAGCCAAAGAAUGCACAAUGAAGAUGAAAAAAAACAUGUCGUACUGGAGUAUAACGGCUGUAAUACACCAGGCGCGUCUGCGGUGCGUCAUCGUUGCGGCCACGUCGACGCAGUGAAACCUGGCUGUUAAAGUUAAGCAGCGAGUACACACCAGUUGCAGAGCGGCUGCGUUUCAGGCGCAUCCCAGAAGUGGUUUGACGCGUCGCACCCGAAACGAACGAGUUUAUUAUUUGUCGCAAGAUGCAACCCUCCCGCAUCAAUUGAACUAGGUAGGAUCGGGCAGACCGGAAGUCACUCGUGUAAAAAAAUACAGUGGAUACGUAAAAUUUUCAAAGUAAUAUGGAAUUGAUUUGAUCCAUUUCUGUGUGGCGCUUCAACUAGAGAAAAUAAAGCUUUUUAAAAACUUUCAAAAGAUUAAUUGAGGCAUUUGUAAAAAUGUUAAAAUCUCUGUCAUUGCAAUUGUUUUUCUCUUUAGCACAGGACUUUUUUUUUCUUUCAGAAAUAAAGCUGACUAACACGCGGGCUCUGAAAGGCAAAUACUGUAGUUGUUGUACUGUUAUCUUUAAAUACCCGCUACUCUCGCGCGAUCUUGCAAUCCUCGCGUGAGCCGAUCGAGCCGCUCCACAGAAAUUGGGGGCAAAUGUCAGAGGUGCGCUGACACGCCGCAGACACACCUAGUGUACGACCGGGGUAAGUCGUAUUUUGGGGGGGAAGACAUUUUUUAACUUAUUAGAAACCAAUAACAAACAUAAGUCAAAGUAAUGAUAGUAAAAUGGAGAACAACAGGCUAAAUAGGCAUGUUGUUUUUCAGAUAAUGAUAUCCUAAAAAACUGAACAUAACAGGCUGUUGACGUUCAGAGAGGGGAAAAACAUAGAGGUCAAACUUGUUUAUAAGUGUCAGGCCCAACCAAACUGUGGGGAGGGGGUGACUUAGAAUUCGGAAAAUAUGGUACAUUUAUUCGGAUGAAAAACCUGUUACGGUGCCAUCGUGUGCUGUGUGAAGAUUCUGCCGUCACUGCACCAAUUCAGUACCCUUGUAACCUCUACAUGUCAUAUUUUGAGAACGUUAAAAGAGGACCGCCUGUAUUUUCAUUUUUCUUUUUUCAUUGUAAUAAUUUGUCCAAAUGAGUAUUUGUUGGGAAGCAAAAGAAAUGAACAGGAUGAUUUAAAGACAUUUAAAUUAAAAUAUAUUUGCAUCAAUUGUAUUCUCUAAUUCUUU